AUGUCGCUUUUUGAUAUCUGCACCGGGAGGUAUGGUGGUAUCAAACACGAGUCAUCUCAAAAAUACAUUCUUGGUGAAUUGAGAGUAUACUCUAAAGGAAUAAUUGAGAGAAUGACUAGACGCCAAUUUGAUCACGACCAAGCUAGCUCGAUUUUAGAAUCCCUGCUCUCAGGAUCUGGCGGUCGACUGCCAUCAACGCCGUUCAUAAGGGAUGUAGCUUCUACCGAGAAUGAAGCCCUAAUAAAUUCUCGUACGAAAGCAAUAUAUAUUCUUGGUAAUCUUGCUUCUGGCGCAUACCAAAGGUACAAUGAAAUCACAGCGCGUAUGGAGUACCUUGAUAGCGUAUCGAAACUGCCCCACUUUUUGACCUUCCAUGAAUGGGAGGUCUACGUCGAGAUUUUUAAGAUGCUUCAACUAUUGAAAAGGGAGGAGGAAUCGAGGAGGAAUCAUUUCAGGAUUCAGCUCAUGAACGAAACACAGAUGUUUAGAAUCCUGAAAGGACUGUGUUAA